GUCUCCCUUCCAAACCCCAUUUUGAGCUGUGGUUUUGGUUUCCAUGGUGACACUUCCUGUGGUAGAGAAAAGAGGUAGUGAAUGCUGCACUGUGAGCGUGGCAAGCAGCUCCACUCCUUCUUUCUCUCCUAGCCGGGGAUGCUUUGAAGGCCGGCUGCAGCCUCAGGGAGGGGCUGCUCCCAGCCUGAUGGUCCUGGGUUUUAAAGUCUACCUGUGACAACUGCAGGAGAGGCAUGCUGGGAAAACCCAAACAUCUGGGUGUCCAAAAUGGCCGAAUGGGCCCGGCGGUAUCCGAUGGAGAGUUAAACAGCUCUGGCAGCCGGGGUAGUAAUAACAGUGUGAACAGUUUGCCGUGCACUCAGAGUGUCCCUCCCUCCCUGGAGCAAUCCGUGGCCCGCUGGGCUGAGUCCUUUGAGACACUGCUACAGGACAAGCUCGGUGUGGCAUACUUCACUGAGUUCCUGAAAAAGGAAUUUAGUGCUGAGAAUGUAUAUUUCUGGAAAGCCUGUGAACAAUUUCAGCAGAUACCAGCUAAUAGCACCCAAAAGCUGGCUCAGGAAGCUAGGAAGAUCUAUGAUGAGUUUCUGUCGAGUCAUUCAGUAAACCCAGUGAACAUUGACAGACAGGCGUGGAUUGGUGAGGAGAUGUUGUCCUCUCCCACUCCUGACAUGUUUCAUGUCCAGCAACUUCAGAUAUUCAACUUGAUGAAAUUUGACAGCUAUGCACGUUUUGUCAAGUCUGCAUUGUACCAAGCAUGUGCGAAGGCAGAUAGCCAAGGGCAGCCCUUGCCAGAACUGAGAUCCAGUUCUGGCAGCCCACCUACUGAACAUAGCAAGAAAACAAAACUAAAGGCAGGGAAAUCACUGCCGUUAGGAGUGGAGGCAGCUGGUAACCUGGCCGGGAGAAGUCCUCGGAGAUCCUUUCGGAAAGGAGACCGGAGGGAUCGUCCUUGGGGAGAGGAGAGAAAUGGUGGUGAGGGACCAUCCCCCUGGCGUGACUCCCAAGGCUCUUUGAAUUCCUCAGCUAGUCUGGACCUGGGCUUCCUAUCUUAUGCAACCAGUGGCUUGCAGGCAGAGACCCACAGGAAGAGUCUGACAGGCUCAGAAUCUGACAGUCAGAACCAUCCCAUGAAAUAUUGUUGCAUUUAUCUGCCUGAUGGGACUGCAUCACUGGCUCCAGUACGCUCUGGCCUCUCUAUCCAGGAGAUGCUGGCUGGAGUUUGUCAGCGUCGCGGCCUCAAUUUACCUGAUGUAAAGAUCUACCUAAUGGGAAAUGAAAAGAAGCCGCUGGCGUUGAACCAGGACAGUUUAGUAUUGAUGGACCAGGAGGUAAAGCUGGAGACCAGGAUCAACUUUGAGUGAGUGUGAUUUCUGAAAAGUGAAGACUCCUUCUGUUCUGGCUUUGCUUUGCUUCAUCUUUCUUAAUUACAGGCUGAGAUUCCUGCCCCAGAAGAGUGACCUAUUUGUUUUUACAACACAGAUGAAAACAAUU